GUAUGAAGAAAGCAGGCAGCUACCUUGGUGCAGCUGUCCUGGUGGGUCUGUUAUCAGAGUAUUCUGACAAUAACCUCAAUCUCAUCAAUGCUCCUCCCCUGGCCAAGGAAAAGGGCAUACAGUUGUCUACGUCCCAUGAGGAGCAGGUACCUACCCAGCUGGAGUGUCUUGUCUCUGUGGAAGUACAGCAGCAAGGUGGAGCUAUUCACCAGGUGGGAGGGUUCGUGUCAGCAGGAACACCCAUGCUGGCUCAGAUUAACGGAGCCUCAGUAUCAACUCCUGUCUCUCUAGCUGGCAAUGUGUUGGUGUACAAGAGUCAGGCCAACCCUCAGGUGAUGCCAGCUGUGGCAGGAGCCUUGGCUGGAGCCAAUGCUAGCAUUCUGUCCUAUGCUGGCUCUCUGCCUGUGAAUGGAGCAGCAUGGGGAAUCAUGAGGAUCUCUCAACCAAUCAGCUGUCUGGAUAUUCUGAAGUUACAUGUCAAUAUGGUGUAGCAGGUGGCAUUCUAGAUGACCUUUGGCCUGGUUUGACCUUUGACAUUAUUUGACUUGGGACCUUGUGGAAAGCAUACAAAUGAAGGGUCACAAGUGCUGUUGAAAAACUUGAGUGUUGAUUUGUGGUCAGUCACAUUAAGUGAUAUACCACUUGGUCUCAUCAUAAGAACUUCAUGAAUAGCAUAUAUAUGAUAAAAUUUAAUGAGACAAUAUUAAAGGGUAACAUAUUGUAUUUAUUCGAUUAAUUAAUCAUUUCAAGUUACAU